GAAAAACAAAGAGAGAUCAAUCACUGCCCUUCAAUCAAACUCUUCUCUGAUAGAUCAAACAGCGACACUACCAACCAACACAACAAAAAGCUUCCAACUCAAUUCACACUCUCCUCUCAUUAAUUUACACCAGAUCCCAAUAAAGACUCUCUUCACUUCUACAGAGGGGAGCCAAUAUGGUGACGAAAACAGAGGAGACGCAGCUGAAUAGACUGGAGAGCCAAGUUGAGCAUGGAGGAGGCGGGGCUUGGGAGUAUCUUUCUUUGGUUAGGAAGCUUAAAGUUAGGCGAUCUGAUAAGGUUUUGAAACAUGGUUUGGCCAUCUUGAAUGAUCCCAAGAAGCGAUCUAGUCUCGGCUCUGAAGAAUGGACACUCUAUGAACAGGUGGCAAUUGCAGCUAUGGACUGCCAAUCUCUUGAUGUUGCAAAGGAUUGCAUUAAUGUGUUGCAAAAGAGAUUCCCAGAAAGCAAGAGAGUUGGUAGGCUGGAGGGCAUGCUACUUGAAGCAAAGGGAUCUUGGGAAGAGGCAGAAAAGGCUUAUGCAAGUCUGCUAGAGGAUAGCCCAUUGGAUCAGGUAAUACACAAGAGGAGGAUAUCCAUUGCGAAGGCACAAGGAAAGAUGCCAUUAGCUAUUGAAUUGCUCAAUAAAUAUCUUGAAAUAUUUAUGGCAGAUGCUGAUGCCUGGAGAGAACUUGCUGAGAUAUAUGUAUCCCUACAAAUGUACAAGCAAGCAGCAUUCUGUUAUGAGGAGUUAAUAUUGUCUCAGCCUACAGUUCCGCUAUUUCAUUUAGCCUAUGCAGAUGUGCUAUACACACUAGGUGGACUAGAAAACCUUCAAUCUGCUAAGAAAUAUUUUGCAUCGACAAUCGAGUUGACUGGCGGCAAGAAUACUAGAGCAUUGUUUGGAGUUUGUUUGUGUACCUCUGCCAUAGCACAGCUUACAAAAGGGCGAAACAAGGAAGAAAGAGAUAGCCCGGACCUGCAAUUGUUGGCGAUAGCAGCCUUGGAGAAAGACUACAAGCAAAGAGCUUCCAGCAAGCUUCCUGUGCUUGUUUCAGCAUUAAAAAGCUUGAAAGUUUCAUCAUAACUCCUAUGCCGAUGAAGCUUUAUCUAUUCUUGCCCCCAUAUUCAAGGAUUCGUAAGCGACCAAAUUAUAACCUAGAACAAAAUCUAGGCAUUUACAUAUAUUUUUCAGUUAUUAUAUAAUUUGGGAGAGUAUUAUUUUUCUUCAUGGAUUUUGUUCCCCAUUUUCCUACCAUUUCUUUCCUAAUUGUCAUCGAGUCUAUAACAUGAGGACAUGAUGUAGUCAGACUAGGAUCACUGUGAGAUAAACAUUCUUUUCCCUCAUGCUUAAGUUUUCUGAGUUAUUUCAGUUUCAGUUUUCCUGCAA